AUGCCUAAAUCCACCCGACCCAAGACUAGAGCCGCCUCUACAUCUAGCUCUCACUUCCCGUCAAAACCCUACAUGCGAGGCAUAGCCAGCACACCUAAUACCGCCUCUGCCCUCCCCCCCGCAGUAGCAUGGUCUGCCGCAGAUGAUGAGCUCCUACUUAGAUCAAAGUCUUUGGGGAAGAAAUGGGUAGAGAUAUCACCUCUUUUCGAGGGCAAGACAUCGAAUGCGUGUAGAAAGAGACACGCAAGGCUCGUCACGCAUACACAGGUGGAGUGGGAUGAGUUCAAGGAGAGGGAUUUGGCGGUGGAGUUUGUUAAUGCGAAGGUGAAUUUUUUUAAGACAAUCGCGGGGAAUAUGAAGUUGGAGUGGAGACAGGUAGAGAAGAAGUGUCUGGAGUUGGGAUUUAAGUCUUUACUAGAGAAGGGGAAACGAUUUCCGACCAUCCAGAAUUCUCCACAUGACCAAAUAUGGGCCGAAAGUACUUGCAGCAAUACUCAGUCUGUGUCAUCCGAGAAUAGUGAUAGUGAUGCUACGCUGAAAGAUGAUGAUUUGGAGAUGAAAGAUAAGGAUCUUAAUGAUCAUAGUAAAGAUGAAGAGUCAAAUGAUAAAACCGUUACGAAGGUACUUAAGGAAAUUGGCGAGAGAGAUGUGGGCUCUGACUAA